AUGGCCUCGCGGGCUCCCCCGCGCUCGCGCCCGCUGCUCUGCACCCUCCUCUGCAUUUGUCUGGGCGUCGCGGGGGCGCAUCCCGACGGCGCGGGAUCGUGCGGCUCGCCAUGGAUCGGCCACGGCCGCAGCCUGUCGCAGUCGCCGGACGGGGGCUACACGUGCGAGGCGCUGGACGCGGAGGGGCGAUGGCUGGCCAGACCGUCCCCUGGGCAGGAGAUUUUUGUGAGGGUGAGGGGUUUCCUUGAGCCCCUGGAGGGCUUCCAGAUUGUGGCCAAUGGGAACGGUACGUUCCACGACUUACCGCAAGGCACCAAGUUCAACACAGAGCACUGCGACGAACCUGGCAGGGUGACACACACCGACAGGAACAACAAGAAGGAAGUAAUGGUGCCAUUCAAGGUGUCGGAGCAGGCCACGUUCGUGAAUUUCACCUGUUACGUAGUCAAAGACUUCGAGCAUUGGUACGAAUUGUACUCCGGACACCUUGCAACCGAAGCCAACGAUUCGGUCAGCGAUGUGCCCAAGUACUGCAGUCAAGGUUCACCCCUCGAUGGCUACGAUUGCGUGCAGCAGCUCUCACAGUAUUUUGCAUUGCACUGGAGAAUUGGUGGCAAAGCAGUGGGCCCACAGGCCCUCUCUGACACAAGGCAGCCACUCAGCAAUGGAGAAAUCGCAUUUGCAAUGAGGGGGCUGACGCCAGGUUGGGUCGGAAUGGCCUUCGCAAGGGCGGAAGGGAGGAUGGCCCCAGCCGAUGGUGUUGUGGGUUGGCUCUCUGAAGGAUUGCCAAAUGUGAAGCCAUACAUCAUACAGCACAAGAACCUUCAUCUGGGAGAUGAAGACCCAACAAUUGCACUGCACAACAUAAGUGCAACCGAGGAGAAUGGGUACACAACAAUUGAGUUCACAAGGAUCAUGCAAGCUGGACGGGUGCGAAUCUGUCCAACCAAGACCAUGUUUGUGAAUUUCGCAAUAGGUAGAGAGGACGGACUGACAAACCACCACCACAGGGGCAGAGGAUGGGUCAGGAUUACUUUCGACUUGGAGGGGCCAUCUCAUGAGUACUACCAUGACUUGCACGGCCUGCUGAUGGUGAUCGCGUGGAUUGGAGUGCUGCCACUGGCCAUGGUCACGGCACGGCACAAGUGGGCACUUGUGUCACUGGGUCCAACUGGCUGGUUCCAUCUGCACCACCUCAUCGUGCUGAUCGCCAUGGCGCUGAUGCUGGCGUCACUGCUGGUCGCAACCUUGAAUUUUGAUGUGCCCUACACGGUGCCUGGGCAGCUGCACAAAUAUGCUGGGAUCGUGGUCAGCGUCCUGCUCAUGGUCCAAGUCACCUUGGGCAUCACGAGGCCCGCUCCCCAUCACCGCUUUCGAUGGGUGUUUGAGCUGUGCCACCAUUGGCUGGGCCGGACCCUUGUGACUUCUGGUGUGGUUAUGGCGUACCUUGGGGCGAAUGCACUGAACGCCCUGCUGGACGAGGACGUUACAGGAUGGGUGGUGGCAAUAACGUGCCUUGUCAUCCUCCACCUCGGGGUGAACGUCGUGGCAGAGGUGAGGAAGCACCAGCAGGAGCGCAAGGGCCAGUGGAGCGAAAUAAGGCUGACCACCCUGGUCUCGGCCAACAUGGCAUACACGCCUGUAGAGUGA